CGGGCAGCUGGAGCCUCGGCCGAGCAGCCAGCCUCCUGGAAAGAGCUUGCCGCGGUCCCCGGAGCCGCUCGCGGAGGCCCGCUUGGCCGCGCUGCCCCGCCGCAGGAGAGGGAGGCUGUAACAGAGGCAGCGGCGAGCGGGCGCGGCAGGCGGCCAGCCCGCGGCGCAGCCGGAGAGCCACGCGAGCUCCGCGCCCGCACGCACGCACGCACGGUCCGCGGCUCGCGCCUUUCCCAGCCUCGGGGCGCCCGGCCUCCCCGCCCCCUGGCCCGGGCUGCGGCGGCGCGGCCGAGGAGCAGCAUGAAUCUGCGGCGCUGCGUGCAGGCGCUCCUGCUGCUCUGGCUCUCCCUGACUGCGGCGUGUGGAGGGCCCCUGCUGCAGCCUGCUGAUGGCAAGGGGCUGGAGGAGGGCAACGUCCGCCACCUGGUGCAGCCCAGAGGCUCGAGGAAUGGACCGGGGCCCUGGCAGGGCGGUCGGAGGAAAUUUCGCCGCCAGCGGCCACGCCUCUCCCACAAGGGCCCCAUGCCUUUCUGAAGCAGGACUGAAGGGGCCCCUGAGUGCCCACCACCUGCGAAUCUGGCUACUCCAUAGAUUGGUCUGCUUCUCUGGAGCCCUCACUUCCAUUCGCCUCUCUUCUCACACCUGUCCUCACUGCUGAUGGUCCCGACUCUUCUCACCCACCAGCUUCCCCGAAUGGCGUGGACCUGCCCCUAGUUCGGAUGGUUCCCUUUCUUUCCACGGAUCCAUCCAGCUCCUCUUCCUGGCCCUUCCCUGGACUGACUUUGGAGACCCAGCACUGGAAGGCUGGCCUUCUCCCCGGCCCUCCCCUUCCCCUAGUCCCCACUUCUCCCUGCCCAACAGCCCAAGCUUUGCCCAGCCCUUCCUUCCCUCACCGGGGCUGGGUGGGGAACAUUCCCUUCUUCAGGGGCCUCCAGCAGGUCCCAGGCUUUUGAGUCCAAGGGACCCUUCACCCUUCAAGGAGGUGCUGGUUAGAGGGGCUGGGGCAUUGACUGGGAUGCAGACAAGGUGCCUUGGGGGGCAUUGGAAUGGGGCUCAGUCCUCUGGCAAAGGGGAGUGGGAAAGCAUUGGAGAAGAGGAGGACUAGCUGCUGUGGCCUUUUCCACAUGCCAUGUUUGGCUUCAGGGAGAGGUGAAGGAGAGGGGCCAUGAAGUACUUUGUCACCUCUCUGUGUCUCCUAACACUGUCUCCCACCUCACCCCCCAACUCCCUCCCUCCCUUGCCUGCUAGUUCAAGCUCUCACUCAGGAGAUGGUUCUAUACCCUCCCAGGAGCAAAAGCCAAACAGGAUGAGUGUUUUUUGCCAAGAAUCAAAGAAUGUCAGAGCCAAAAUGAACCUUGGUGAUCACUCAGCUCCGCCUCCUUAUGCAAACUCAUGUAAAACCAGGCCUGGAGAGGGACAGCAACCUAUUCUUAUUCGGGGUCACCGCACAGCCAGAAUGAGGACCCAGGUCUCCCCACUCCCACUUGAUGAUGUCCUCUUCCCUCUUGAUGAUAUCUUUUCAAAACACAUUGAGUGCCUUUCCCGUGGUUGGGGCUGAGGGUGGCUGGGAAGGGAGGGGCAGGCCAGCUAUGAACUGCCCCAUGGUGGUAUGGGGACCCAGCUGCUCCUGCCUCCCUGGCCUGCCCCUGCUGGUCCAUUCCCCGACCUGGGCUGAAAAGGUCCCUGGCCAGCUGCCCCCUUCCCGCAGCGCUACCAAAGCCCGUGUGUUCUCACAGGGACAGCUCAGGUACUGAGUCUCCCAUGCCAAUGCCAAUCCCAAUACUGGUUUUCGCUAGCCAGGAUGUAGCCUUAAGUAAUUGGACUCGGUAGCCUUCCCUUCACGUUGACUGGACCUUCUUUCCCAGUGGCCUUUCCUUAGGGGAGGGGCAAGGGGGAGAAGAAGGAAGGGAGGGAAGGAAGGAGAGAAGGAAGGAAGGAAGGAAAGAUGGGAGGAAAUACAGGUCUGAGCAGGCUUCCUUCUCAGAGGCCUCCCAGGAGGGAGGAUAUGGGAGACCAGAGCCCGAUGGCCCACCUAUGUAUGUGUGGGGACAGGGGGAGUCAGGGCCCUCCGAGUCCCAUGGUAACCCCGACGUCGCCUAACCGCCUCUCCCCCUCACUUCCGCUGCUGCUGAUGCUGCUGCUGCCGCUGCUGCUUCAAGGCCCAUCCUGAGGAU